CGCGGCCCCUCCGGUACCGGCUCCGGCACCGGCUCCGCGCCCCGCCCGGCCCCGCCGAGCCGCCACCUGCCCGCGCCGCACGACAGGGGCAGCCAUGGGCAAGCACAGCAGCAAGCUGGCCCCGGAGAUGCUGGAUGACCUGGUGAGGAGCACGGAGUUCAGCGAGCAGGAGCUGAAGCAGUGGUACAAGGGCUUCCUCAAGGACUGUCCCACCGGCAUCCUCAACCUGGAGGAGUUCCAGCAGCUCUACAUCAAGUUUUUCCCCUACGGAGACGCCUCCAAGUUUGCCCAGCAUGCUUUCCGCACCUUCGACAAGAACGGGGAUGGGACCAUCGACUUCAGGGAGUUCAUCUGUGCCCUGUCUGUCACCUCCAGGGGCACCUUCGAGCAGAAGCUCAACUGGGCCUUUGAGAUGUAUGACCUGGAUGGGGACGGGAAGAUCACACGCUUAGAGAUGCUGGAGAUCAUUGAGGCCAUUUACAGGAUGGUGGGGACUGUGAUCAUGAUGAGGAUGAACCAAGAUGGGCUGACACCCCAGCAGCGUGUGGACAAGAUCUUCACAAAGAUGGACAAGGACAAGGACGACCAGAUCUCCCUGGAGGAGUUCAAGGAGGCUGCAAAGAGUGACCCUUCCAUCGUCCUCCUCCUGCAGUGUGACAUGCAGAAAUAGAGCCCUGGGGCUCAGUACUGGACUGGCUGCAGCCAACCUCUGCUCCCUGUGCUGGUUUCAAUGCCCAUUUUUUGCUGAGCCCCUCUGUGCCCGCUUGGUCCCAGGCAUCAGCCACGCUCCACCCCUCCUGCUGCCCAUCCACCUCUGCUCCAGCUGUAUCUUGGACAGCUCACAUUCCAUACCCUCGAAGGGUAGAGCCUGCUCUGGGUAUUGUCAGCGUGAGGUUACCCCAAAUCCAUCUUAUCCCAUCCUGGAGCUGGAUUCCCUGCAAGCCAGUGACAAGUUUCCUGGCUCCCCAGGGCUAACUGUUCCCACAUCCCUGCUGCUUUAGAAUCACAUCCAACCUAAACCUGGUUGUAGCCAGGUGGGGGUUGGUCUCUUCUCCCAGGCAACUAUCAGUAAGACAAGA